AUGUCAAGUUAUCUCACAAGAAAACCAACCAUAAAUCUUUAUCCAGAUUCUCCAAAAAUUGGUGCUUUUGAAAAACAAUUGUCAUUGAUUAAAACACCAGAAUUACUUUUAAAUGAUACACUUUCACCAAUUACAUAUGAUUUAAGUGAUGAACCAAUUUCAUUAGAUGAAUUAUCACCUUUGGAUCAUAGUUCAGUUGAUAGUGGUGCUGCUCAAUUAGAAAAAAAAUUAAAUUCAUUAAGAAAAUCUAAUAGAUUAAUCACUUCAAGAUCAAGACAACAACAAGCUGAAGCACAAGCUGCUAAAAUAAAGAAGCAAGCAAUCGAAUCAAUUAAAACACCAAAAUUAGCAUCACCAAACUUAUCAAGUAUUAAUCGUGUUGGUUCAUUGAAAUUCAAAGUUCCAACUGAAGAGAUUAAACAAUUAAGAUCUGAACUUGAACUUUUCAUAACAAACAUAGUUCACUUUAUUGGUGGUGUAACAAGAAAUGAUGUUGAAGUUUUCUUUGAUGGCUUAUCAGAAAUUAUUAUUGGUGUAUUUGUUAUAUUUGGUUGUGAAAUUAUGAGCUUGAGUAAAGAUAGUUUCUUGGUUUUAGUUCAAUUAGUUACUGUUAGUGUUAUUAGAAUUGGAUUUAGAAACGUUGAUUAUGAUUCAUUAUUAUUUCAAAGUCCAAUUGUUUCAAUUUUUGAAAAAUCUAAUCUUCCAAAUACCGUUAAAAGAUCUAUAACACAUUUAAUCACAAUGUUUCAAGUUCAUCUUUUAUUAUCUACAUUUCGUGUUACAGCUUCAUUUAAAUCAAGAUAUUAUAUUGAAGAGUCUAAAAUUGAUUCAUUAACGAUUAUGGGAUUAGGAUUAAUUAUGGUGCUCUUAUGUUUAAACUUGUUACUUAAUGCUUUACCAGCAUCUCGUCGUUAUUCAUCAUGA